GUGGGCUGGAUCCUCUCCAUCCUCGAUGAGCUGCAGCUCAGUCCCCCGCCUCCUGUGGCUGUCCUUCCGCUUGGCACUGGGAAUGACCUUGCCCGUACCCUCAACUGGGGUGGGGGUUACACAGAUGAGCCAGUGUCCAAGAUCCUGUGCCAUGUAGAAGAUGGGACCAUCGUCCAGCUGGACCGCUGGAAUCUCCAGGUUGAGCGUAACCCUGACUUGCCACAGGAUGAGUUGGAGGAUGGGGCACGUAAGCUUCCACUCAGUGUCUUCAAUAAUUACUUCAGCCUUGGAUUUGAUGCACAUGUUACACUGGAGUUCCAUGAAUCUAGAGAAGCAAACCCAGAGAAAUUCAACAGCCGAUUUAGAAAUAAAAUGUUUUAUGCAGGGGCAGCCUUUACAGACUUUCUGCAAAGAAGCUCAAGAGAUUUGUCCAAACAUGUUAAAGUUGUGUGUGAUGGUACAGACCUGACUCCAAAGAUCCAGGAGCUGAAGUUCCAGUGUAUAGUGUUUUUAAACAUACCCAGGUAUUGUGCGGGCACAAUGCCCUGGGGAAACCCUGGAGAUCACAGAGACUUUGAACCUCAGCGCCAUGAUGAUGGCUACAUUGAAGUCAUUGGGUUCACCAUGGCCUCACUGGCUGCUCUCCAGGUGGGUGGUCAUGGAGAGAGGUUGCAUCAGUGCCGUGAGGUGACACUUUUAACAUACAAGUCCAUUCCCAUGCAAGUGGAUGGUGAACCAUGUCGACUAGCUCCCUCACUCAUUCGAAUCUCCUUAAGGAACCAAGCCAACAUGGUGCAGAAGAGCAAGAGGAGAACAUCCAUGCCUUUGCUGAAUGAUAUCCAUAAAGUGCAGUCUGCUGACCUGAGGAGAGUCUCAGCUCCCCCCGAUUCCUUCACUGUUCCUCAUUCCAUCCCAGAUCGCCUGAGGAUCAGAGUGAACAGGAUUAAUUUACAAGAAUAUGAGGGGCUACAUUACGACAAGGAAAAACUCCGGGAAGCUUCCAUUCCACUAGGAAUUAUAGUUGUACGAGGAGACUGUGACUUGGAGACCUGUCGUAUGUACAUUGACCGUCUACAAGAGGACCUACAGUCGGUAACUUCUACUACACAGAGAGUUCAUUACCAGGACCAAGAAAGCUCUUUCCCCAGAGUACUUUCUGUUCAGAGGCUAUCUCCUAGAUGGUGCUUCCUAGAUGCAACUUCUGCGGAUCGUUUUUACCGCAUUGACAGAUCUCAGGUAAAUCCUUAUUCA